AUGGAGCAGAAUCAUCUGGACAGAGAAACCGUCUCCAGUCCGAUCUGUCUGGAUCUACUGAAGGAUCCGGUGACGAUUCCCUGUGGACACAGCUACUGCAUGAGCUGUAUCAAAACCCACUGGGAUGAAGAGGAUCAGAGGAGAAUCCACAGCUGCCCUCAGUGCAGGGAGAUGUUCAUACCAAGGCCUGUUUUGAAGAAAAACACCUUCUUAGCAGCUUUAGUGCCACAGAUGAAGAAGACUGGACUCCAAGCUGCUCCUGCGGAUCACCGCUAUGCUGGACCUGAAGAUGUGGCCUGUGAUUUCUGCACUGGAAGAAAACUGAAAGCCAUCAAGUCCUGUUUAGUCUGUCUGGCCUCUUACUGUGAGAAACACCUUCAGACUCAUUAUGAUGUGGCUCCUUUAAAGAAACACAAGCUGGUGGAGCCGUCCAAGAACCUCCAGGAGAACAUCUGCUCUAAGCAUGAUGAGGUGAUGAAGAUGUUCUGCCGCACUGAUCAGAAGUGCAUCUGUUACCUCUGCACUAUGGAUGAACAUAAAGGCCAUGAGACAGUCUCAGCUGCAGCAGAAAGGACUGAGAGGCAGAGAAAGCUGGAGGAGAGACGAGGAAACAUCCAGCAGAGAAUCCAGGACAGAGAGAAAGAUGUGAAGCUGCUUCAACAGGAGGUGGAGGCCAUCAAUCACUCUGUUGAUAAAACAGUGGAGGACAGUGAGAAGAUCUUCACCCAGCUGAUCCGUCUCCUCCAGAAAAGAAGCUCUGAUGUGAAGCAGCAGAUCAGAUCCCAGCAGGAAACUGAAGUGAGUCGAGUCAAAGAUGUUCAGGAGAAGCUGGAGCAGGAGAUCACUGAGCUGAAGAGGAAAGACGCUGAGCUGGAGCAGCUCUCACACACAGAG